CCCCUUAGUCGGUCGACCAUAGAGCUUUCAGACCUCCAGGAUUCCUAGAGAGCUCCCGGAAGUAGCUUGGGACAAGAUGCUUGCUGGCCGGUGCUGUGCCUCCGCACGUUUGGAAGUUAGGGGCUGGAGGGGCCUGGUCCAGUUACAGCUCUCGCCCCUUUUUCUACCAGCCCUUCCUCCAGGUCUGUUCACACUUUGCAGCGUCCCUUCCCCACUCGGGCCGCCGCUGGAACUCACGAAGUACCCUUAAAGAAGAGGCCCUCAGAAGGUUCUCUUAAGAAGAUAAAGAAAGUAGUGGAAACGAGUCUCCUGAGCUUUUCCGGCCCUAAAUGGCUGCAGAAUCAAGGAAGUCUUUAGCCCCAUCCCCACCAGACCAGGCUCCUGAAGAGGACCUUGUAAUUAUCAAGGUAGAGGAAGAUCAUGGUUGGGACCAGGAAUCAAGUCUACAUGAAAAUAACCCUCCUGGCCAAGAGCUGUUCCGCUUGCGUUUCAGGAAGUUAUGCUACCAAGAGACACUAGGACCCCGAGAAGCUCUGAUCCAACUCCGAGCACUUUGCCAUCAGUGGCUGAGGCCAGAUUUGAACACCAAGGAGCAGAUCCUGGAGCUGCUGGUGCUGGAGCAGUUCUUGACCAUCCUGCCCGAGGAGCUCCAGACUCUGGUUAAGGAACAUCAGCUAGAGAAUGGAGAGGAGGUGGUGACUCUACUGGAGGAUUUGGAAAGGCAAAUUGAUAUACUAGGACGGCCAGUCCCUGCUCGUGCACAUGGACAUAGGGUACUCUGGGAGGAGGUCGUGCAUUCCAAAUCUGCACCAGAGCCUCCAGAUACUCAGCUCCAACCUGUGGCAACCCAGCACAAAUCUCCAGUGCUCCAAGGGCCACAAGACAGAGCCAUAUCUGCUUCACAGAGUCCUACCCCUUCCCAGAAAGGAAGUCCUCGAGACCAGGAGAUGACAGCUACACUUCUUACAGCAGGGUUCCAGACUUUGGAGAAGAUUGAAGACAUGGCUGUGUCCCUAAUUCGAGAGGAAUGGCUUCUUGAUUCAUCACAGAAGGAUCUGAGUAGAGAUAACAGGCCAGAGAAUUACAGAAACAUGUUCUCCCUGGGUGGUGAGACCAGGAAUGAGAACAGGGAAUUAGCUUCAAAACAGGUAAUAUCUACUGGAAUCCAACCACAUGGAGAGACAGCUGCCAAAUGCAACGGGGAUGUUAUCGGGGGUCUUGAGCAUGGAGAAGCCCGAGACCUUCUGGGCACAAUAGAGAGGCAGCGGGGAAAUCCCACCCAAGAGAGACGACAUAAAUGUGAUGAAUGUGGGAAGAGCUUUGCUCAGAGUUCAGGUCUUGUUCGCCACUGGAGAAUCCACACUGGGGAGAAACCCUAUCAGUGUAAUGUGUGUGGUAAAGCCUUCAGUUACAGGUCAGCCCUUCUUUCCCAUCAGGAUAUCCACAACAAAGUAAAACGCUACCACUGUAAGGAGUGUGGUAAAGCCUUCAGUCAAAACACAGGCCUGAUCCUGCACCAGAGAAUCCAUACUGGGGAGAAGCCGUAUCAGUGCAAUCAGUGUGGGAAGGCUUUCAGUCAGAGUGCGGGCCUUAUUCUGCACCAGAGAAUCCACAGUGGGGAGAGACCCUAUGAAUGUAAUGAGUGUGGGAAAGCUUUCAGUCAUAGCUCACACCUCAUCGGACAUCAGAGAAUCCACACUGGGGAGAAGCCCUAUGAGUGUGAUGAGUGUGGGAAAACCUUCAGGCGGAGCUCACAUCUUAUUGGCCAUCAGAGAAGCCACACUGGGGAGAAACCCUACAAAUGCAAUGAGUGUGGGAGGGCCUUCAGUCAAAAGUCAGGCCUUAUUGAACAUCAGAGAAUCCACACUGGAGAAAGACCCUAUAAAUGUAAAGAAUGUGGGAAAGCUUUCAAUGGGAACACUGGCCUCAUUCAGCAUCUGAGAAUUCACACAGGGGAGAAGCCCUAUCAGUGUAAUGAGUGUGGGAAAGCCUUUAUUCAGAGGUCAAGUCUCAUUCGACAUCAGAGAAUCCACAGUGGAGAAAAAUCUGAAUCAUGCAGUGAGUGUGGAAAGAAGUUUGCCCAGAGCUCAAGCCUUGUUCGACAUCGGAGAGUCCACACCGGAGAGAAACCCUAUGAGUGUGAUCGCUGUGGAAAAGCCUUCAAUGCACGCUCAACCCUCACUGUGCAUGAAAGGAUCCACACUGGUGAGAAACCCUAUACUUGUAAUGAGUGUAGGAAAGCAUUCAGUGUGAGGGCGCACCUGAUUAUACAUCAGAGAAUCCACAAUGGAGAGAAACCCUAUGAAUGUAAUGAAUGUGGCAGAGCAUUUAGUGUGAGCUCAGACCUCAUCAAACAUCAGAGAAUCCACUCUGGUGAGAAACCUUAUGAGUGUGAUGAGUGUGGGAAAGCCUUCAGCGUGAGCUCAGACCUCAUCAAACAUCAGAGAAUCCACACAGGAGAGAAGCCGUAUGAGUGUAAGGAGUGUGGGAAGGCCUUCUAUGUGAACUCAGCCCUUAUUAAUCACCAGAGGAUUCAUUCUGGAGAAAAGCCCUAUAAGUGUGGAGAAUGCAGGAAAGCAUUCAGCCAGAUCUCAACUCUUAUUCUUCAUCAAAGAAUCCAUACUGGAGAGAAACCAUACGAGUGUGACGAGUGUGGGAAAGCAUUCCGUGGGAGCUCUAAUCUUACUAAACACCAGAAAAUACAUGCCAAAGGAAAGUGUCAUCAUAAUUCGAGGUACAAGGUGAACACCAAAUUGAUAGAAAUUGCAGAUUGCUUUGGUCCACACUGUGGACAAACAAGUGAAUCCUAUCCUGAGCCAUUGCACUCUAAGAUGUCCACCAAGUUGAGAGAACACGCAGCCUUGACUCCUGUGGUGCACACUCGAGAGGAGCAGGAGGGACUGAGAAUCGUGAAGGUAGAAGAAGAGGAGAACCAUGCUUGGGAGCAGAAGUCUCGCCAACUAGGGAAUGUGCACCCUUAUCAGGAACUUUUCCGCCAGUGCUUCAGGCAGUUCCGUUACCAGGCGGCCCCUGGACCUCGAGAGGCUCUGAGCCAGCUCCGGGAGCUCUGCCAAAAGUGGCUGCGGCCUGAGAUGCACAGCAAGGAGCAGAUCCUGGAGCUGCUGGUGCUGGAGCAGUUCCUGACCAUCCUGCCCAAGGAGUUGCAGGCCAGGGUAUGGGCGUAUCAUCCAAGGAGUGGAGAGGAAGUGGUGACUGUGCUGGAAAAUCUGGAGACAGAACUUGGAGACAAAGGACAACAGGUCCAAGCCAGUGCACGUUACAAACAAGAAGUGCUGUGGAAGGAAGUAGGACCUGUAAGCCUUACAAAUCAGUCACUUAACAUCCAGCUGAAGUGUGAUCCUUGGGAGCAUUUUCCUCUGCAAGAGAAUGCAGGAGCUGAGACCAGGAAUAUGACUGGUGAAUUUGCUCCAAAGCAGAUUUCUGCAGAAAGGAAUUCAUUGGUUGCUUUCCAGGAUGCAAAGUGUGGAGAAACUUUUCAAUAUAGGGGUAAAUCAGAACAGCAAAAGGUCAACCCCAUGAGAGUAAAACGACACAAAUGUAAGGAGUGUGGAAAAGCCUUUGCUCAGAGCUCAGGGCUUGUUCGACAUUGGAGAAUUCACACUGGAGAGAAACCUUAUAAAUGCAAUCAAUGUGGAAAAGCCGUCAGUUAUAAAUCAGCCCUUCUUUCACACCAGGAAAUUCAUAAUAAAAUAAAACGCUAUCAGUGUAAUGAAUGUGGGAAAGCCUUCAGUCAAAACACAGGCCUGGUUCUUCAUCAGAGGAUCCAUACUGGGAAAAGACCUUAUGGAUGUAAAGAGUGUGGUAAAUCCUUUAGUCAAAGUUCACACCUUAUUGGACAUCUGAGGAUCCAUACUGGAGAGAAACCCUUCAAAUGUAAUGAGUGCGAGAGGGCCUUCACUCAGAGGUCAGGGCUCAUGGAACAUCAGAGAAGUCACACUGGAGAGAAACCGUAUAUGUGUAAGGAAUGUGGGAAAGCUUUCCGAGGGAGCACCAGCCUUACUCAGCACCUGAGGAUCCACACUGGGGAGAAGCCCUAUCAGUGUGAGGAAUGUGGACGAGCCUUCAUUCAGAGGUCAAGCCUUGUUCGUCAUCAGAGGAUCCACAGAGGGCAGAAGUCUUUUCUGUAUCCUAAUUGUAAGGAGGCCUUUAAUCAUAAAUCAGGCCUUACUGAACACUUUAGAAAGCUAUGCUGAAUACAGACCCAAUCACUGUGUAAUAAAUUCAAGAAAUUAGGGAUGUGGUGUCUCCAUUGUUAUUCUAAGUAGUCAAACUAGAAGACAUUCUGAUAUCACCCAACAGGUUGAAAGAAGCUGGUAGCUUGUCACUGGAGCAGACCAUUCACAUUUUGGCCUGAGUCUGUUGUGGAUGCUGCUAUUUCUUUCUCCCAUUCUUUUGGUCCUUCUCCUUUGUGGUCCUUCAGCACUUUUGCUCCUUGAAGUCACUACCAUCACAUACCCUGAAUAACCUGAUGAUACAGUGGCUCUCAGAUUUUGAACAGAAGACCACUGAGACUGUUAGUGUGCAUACUAUGCAAAGGAGAACUUAGCAGGAUGAACAGAGAAAGUGAUGCUGUUGUUAACGUUAUAUAAAUGAGGGGUAAGCUAGUGAUACACAUUCCUCCUCCAGUUUAUCUCUAGGAAAAAAUCCCAGAAAUACCUUUGACCAUCCAGCAUGCCAGUUGGACUUGAUCCCAUAUUGGUGGUGGGAUUGAAGAGACAUCAGGUAGCAGAGUCUAUAAUGCUUCUACAUCUUUCUGACUUUCUUAUGCUAAAAACCAGUAGAGAUCUCAAGCUCAGCUCCCUCACUGUCCACUGUUAUCGUCUGGAUACCUAUGUCCUCAUUAUGCUUUAGUUUAUCUUUUCAACCUUUGGAAUAGACAGUCUGAAAAGCAUUGAUGUUGUCUUCUACUUUGACUUUGAAUGAAAUAUACUUUUCACUAUUAGGAGGACUUGAGAAACUAGAAAGUUUAUAAGGUAGAAAGUGUAUAAAAGUGGGGUAUUUCACUAUAUUCAUAUUUUUAUAGGGACGGUAUAAAUAAAUACCAACCAAGAAAACUCUGGAGGUGCUAAUUGUUCAUCCUUAGUGCCAUCACUUACUUUGUUUUGCCUUGUUUCAAGGCUCAGGUAGGAAAUACCUGAGAGGUUGACAUCUACAGGUCAGAGGGAAAUACCUAUGACAAAAAUAAAAAAGAAGUGGAUAGAACAUUAAAUCUCCCUGAAGUGAGACACCCUGAAAUUUAAAAUGCAGACUUGCACAGAAUACUUGCACAUUUGAGGAAUUUUCAACCAAGUGGAUGAAUUCUCCUGUGAAAUGUGCUGAUGAACUGAGCUUUUCUGGCAGUGGGAACUAUGCCAGAGAUGAAAACUGGCAUCCUAAGGAUCAGAUACAUUUGGCAGACAUUUAUGUAGCUCAUUCAUUGUUUUUAGGAAUUGAAUUAGCUGUCAGCUUAAAAAAAUUUAGAAAUUUUAUGUAGAAAUGGGAUUUCCAUAUUAUUUUGAAAAAAAUAAGAUCUGGCAUCACUGGGCCAGACCUCUUACCUUCCAGUUCUUUCCAUGCCCCACCCUCCAGCUUCAUUAUGUGUCUGAGCCCUGGAGACAUUUGAAUUUGCUUAUCUGGAGAAUGACUACUUCAGAGGAGAGUUUUAUUUCAUAGCAGAGUAAACUAAAUAGAAACAAGGUGAAGUUAUCCUUGACUUUCUGAUAGGUUGUUUGCAAAAAAUGGAAAACCAUAAAUUGAGAAAUUUGAAAAGUAGGAUACAGGUUUCCCCUACUACCUGAAAGUGAAGCAUUCCUAUGAAACUUUUUGUAAGCCGAAAUGGCAUAAAGCAAAGAGGCAGUUACCUUAGGACGCAUUUUGCUAACGAAUGCACAGAAUCGAGAUGAAGCACAGAUGCUCACAGACACAGUUCAAAGCUAUAGUGGCUUAAUGCUGAGAUGCUGAGUGUAGUUCCCAGGGAAGGAGCUUGGUGGUGCCACUCUUGCUGCUUGAUUUGCGCGAUACCUCUCUAGAAGGCUGGCUGCAAAACAAAUGUUGAACGCUAUUUUCGCUUUUCACCUUUUUUGGCAAACAAAAUCCUCUUCGGCUUUCUUUCAGUUAGUGAAAACAGGUACUAAUGUAGGUCUUUAUUUGUAAAGGCGAAGAGGCGUAAAGCAAAUUUUCAAAAGGCGGGAUACUUGUAUUUCUUGAUUUAGUUUAAAUAA